AUGUCUGGCAACUUGGCAAACAAAGCCGAAGAAGAGAUCCAUAAGAUGGCAAGUAAAACCGGCAUGGAGCCUGAUAAGAAGAAAGAGGAGGGCGGCAAGGGAGGAGGUCCUGUCGAGAAGGGUACUGAGAAGGCCAAGGAAGCGGGUGACAAGGCCAAGGAGAUGGGUGAGAAGGCAAAGGAGGGGGCUAAGAAAGGCGGUUCAAAAUCAGAUGAUUGA